AUGCGUCUCAUCACCCCGAAGCGGGUUUUGUUUGCGAUUCUCGGUUUGAUCGUCUUAGGGGUCUUAGCGACCAGCUAUUAUACGGUCGAAGCGGACGAAAUCGCGGUUGUGCUGAUGUUCGGUAAAUCUGUCCGGCAAGCCGAGCCUGGACUCCACUUCAAGUUACCGCUCGGCAUUGAGAGAGCUAUUAAUGUGCCCGUCCGAAAGGUCUUCAAAGAGGAAUUCGGUUUUCGGACGCUGAGAGCCGGCGUGCGGACGCAGUAUGACACCCGUGAUUACUCGGACGAAUCCCUCUUACUGACGGGGGACCUGAACAUCGCCGAUGUCGAAUGGGUGGUUCAGUAUAAGAUUAAAGACCCGAAAACCUUCCUAUUUUUUGUGAGGAAUCCAAGGCAGACUUUACGCGACCUCUCGGAAUCCGUGAUGAGCAGGAUAAUUGGGGACCGCACUGUCACCGAGGUGUUAACUGUCGGUCGUAUUGAAAUCGCUGCGGUGGUUGAAGAACAUCUACAGGAACUGCUGGAUCUGUACCAAACCGGGUUAGAUGUGGCGAGUGUGACCUUGCAGGAUGUGAAUCCACCAGAGCAGGUGAAGGCCGCCUUUAACGCCGUUAACGAGGCGAAACAGGAGAAAGAGCGAUUAAUUAACGAGGCGUGGCGCGAUUACAACCAAUCGGUUCCAAAGUCCAAAGGGUUGGCGGCACAAAAGAUUUCGGAAGCACAGGGUUACGCACUGAAACGGGUUAACGAGGCACAAGGCGAUGCACGAUCGAUUCAAGUCGAUUCGUUCAGAGUAUCAAAAGGCGAAAGAGGUUACCCGUCGCCGACUCUAUCUGGAAGCGAUGCGAGAAGUUUUGCCACAGGUGAAAGAGAGUUAUGUCAUUGA